UGGAAGCUAACCUCCUGGAACAGCUCCCAAGAUCCAUCUACCGGAAUCUUCACAUACGAAUUAGACCCUCGUAGGCUUCCUCAGGUACUUUUGCAUGAAGGCAAGGAUAUCGUGUACAGAAACGGGCCUUGGGAUGGUGUUCGACCCAGCGUCGACCAAGACAAUUUGUUCUUUAAAGCCAUCUUUAUUGUUAAUGAAACCCAUAUCUACUUUACCUUCGACGACGCCGACAAUUCCAGAGUUACCAGAUUCUGGUUAAAUCCGUCGGGAUCUCCUGAGCAGCUCCGGUGGAACAACGAGAGAGGUGAGUGGGUUAGCAUCUACGCGGUGCAGAGAGACGACUGUGACAAUUUUGCGCGUUGUGGUCAUAAUGGUAUCUGUGACAGCAGUGUCACCCCUAUUUGCCAUUGCCCAACUGGGUUUGUUCCAAAAGUACAGGAAGAGUGGGAUGCGAUGGAUUUUGGCAGUGGAUGUGUGCUAAAGACACGCUUGAACUGCAGCGCUAGCGAGGGGUUCAAGAAGUUUUCACAGUUGAAGUUGCCGUACGGUUCGGAUUUUAAGGUGAACGGGACGGUGGUGAGGAAGCAGGAUUGUGAGUUGAUUUGUAGGAGUGCCUGCUCUUGUGUGGCUUAUGCUGUGGCUUGGCUUGGUGGUUGUGUGGUGUGGUCUGGGGAGUUGCUUGAUAUGAAAAGUUUGAGCGAUGGUGGGCAGGAUCUGUACAUCAGAAUGGCCGCUUCUGAAUUUGAAUCAAACAAUGGCAAAAGCAUUGCCGUGAUCAUAUCAGUAGUUUUGGGGUUUCUUCUAUUUUGUUUAGUGGGUGGCUAUCUGAUCUAUAUGAGGACAUCCUGCUCCCUUAUAACCCAAGAGGAAACAACAGUCAACUCAAAUGAAGAUCAGGGUCCUAUUCUUCUAGAGGAAGAUGUAGAUCUACCUUUAUUUGGCUUAGAUACUAUUGCCAAUGCUACCAACAACUUCUCCUCCAUAAAUAAAAUCGGUGAGGGCGGUUUCGGUCCUGUUUAUAAGGGUGUGCUCUCUUCUGGACAAGAAAUAGCGGUGAAAAGACUUUCUAAAGAUUCUGGACAAGGGCUUGUGGAGUUCAAGAAUGAGGUUACCUUAAUUUCAAAACUUCAGCACCGGAAUCUUAUUAGGCUGUUGGGAUGCUGCAUUCAUAGAGAAGAAAGGAUGUUGAUCUAUGAAUUCAUGCCUAAAAAGAGCUUAGACUUAUACAUAUUCAAUCAAACAAGGGAAACAACUCUUAAUUGGAAGAAGCGCUUUGAUAUCAUUGUGGGGAUUGCUCGUGGACUUCUUUAUCUUCAUCGGGAUUCAAGAUUGAGAAUUAUUCACAGAGAUCUUAAAGCCAGUAAUAUUCUUUUAGAUAGUGAGAUUAACCCCAAGAUAUCGGACUUUGGCUUGGCAAGAAUACUUAGAGGUGACCAAACUGAUAUAAAUACUAAGAGAGUAAUUGGUACAUAUGGAUAUAUGUCUCCAGAGUACAUAGUAGAUGGGCACUUUUCAGUGAAAUCUGAUGUCUUUAGUUUCGGUGUCAUUGUUUUGGAGAUAGUGAGUGGGAGAAAGAACACAAGAUUUGAACAUCCUGAUCAUAACCUCAAUCUUUUAGGACAUGCAUGGAAAAUAUGGGUUGAGGGCAGGCCCAUGGACCUCAUCGAUGUUUUGAUGGAGAAUGUUCCUGCAUCUGAAGUGUUGAGAUGUAUCCAAGUAGGACUGUUGUGUGUUCAAAAGCAUCCAGAAGACAGACCCUUAAUGUCAUCUGUUCUCUUGAUGUUGGAUAGUGAUAAUGUCUCCUUACCCCAACCUAAACAACCUGGAUUUUAUGUUGAAAGAGCUUUUACAGAGUUAGCUGAUUCUUCAUCAUCAUCAUUGAAUAAGCCAAGCCAUGUUUCUACUGAUGUAACUGUUACAAUACUACAGGGGAGAAGAUAAAAAUAAAAAGCAAAAAGAAAAAGAAGAAUAUGUUCAAAUUGAUGCAACGAGAAAGAUUUCGUUGGUCUGCACAUUAUUAGAGUUUUUAUUGAAUUUAGGAAUGUUCAAAUAUUAUAUUUUUUUAUUUUUUUAUUUUUUAUUGUCCAUUUACGGUACUUAUUUAGAUGAAAUAACAGAAUUUGUGUA